UGGAGGGAGGGGCUGCGGUAGGAGGCAGCCGUGUGGUUCCAGCUCAUUUUUUUCCCUCUUUCUCCAGUCGGUUUUCUUUCCAAACAGGGAAAAGUGUUCCACGAAGCGGUAGCUUCUUGCCGCCUCGCCUUCUCCUCCCUGACCCUGGGCCCGGCCCCCGUCCCGGCGCGAGCUGGUGGAGCCAGGGCUAGAAGCCCUCGGUGCCCCCGGAGCGCAGCGCGCAGGGGACCCGGGCGCGGGGCCAGCGCCCGCACAUGGCUGCAGCCCCCCGCGCGCACCCCGAGGCGCCGCGCCCUGCUCACAGAAGGUCCGUCGGCUGGGCUCGGUCGCCCUGCAGCCAGGCUGCGCUGAGCCGGGAAGUGCCCGUGUCCGGGGAUCGGGAUGUCCCUCUUCUUCCUCUGGCUAGUAACCUAUUAUGUUGGAACGCUGGGAACUCACACUGAGAUCAAGAGAGUGGCAGAGGAAAAGGUUACCUUGCCCUGUCACCAUCAAUUGGGACUUCCUGAGAAAGACACCCUGGACAUUGAAUGGCUGCUCACGGAUAAUGAAGGGAACCAAAAAGUGGUUAUUACGUAUUCCAGUCGUCAUGUCUACAAUAACUUGACUGAGGAGCAGAAGGGCCGAGUGGCCUUUGCCUCCAACUUCCUGGCGGGAGACGCCUCCCUGCAGAUCGAGCCUCUGAAACCCAGUGAUGAAGGCAGAUACACCUGCAAGGUGAAGAAUUCAGGACGCUAUGUCUGGAGCCACGUGAUCUUAAAAGUGCUAGUGAGACCAUCCAAGCCCAAGUGUGAGUUGGAAGGAGAGCCGACGGAAGGAAGUGACCUGACGCUACAAUGUGAGUCUGCCUCUGGAACCAAGCCCAUUGUGUAUUAUUGGCAGCGGAUUCGGGAGAAGGAGGGAGAGGAUGAACACCUGCCACCCAAAUCUAGAAUCGAUUACAACAACCCUGGCCGAGUGCUGCUGCAGAACCUCACCAUGGCCUCCUCUGGGCUCUACCAGUGCACAGCAGGCAACGAGGCUGGAAAGGAGAGCUGCGUGGUACGAGUGACUGUACAGUAGAAGACGCUGAAGCGCCCCGCGCCCGCCUUGUGAAACCCAGCUCCUCUUCCUCAGGCUCCCGGAGCUCUCGCUCUGGCUCCUCCUCCACCCGCUCCACCGGGAACAGUGCCUCCAGAAGCCAGCGGACGCUGUCGAGUGAAGCAGCACCACAGCCCGGGCUAGCCACCCAGGCAUACAGCCUAAUAGGACCGGAAGUGAGAGGUUCUGAACCAAAGAAAGCCCACCAUACGACCCUGACCAAAGCAGAAACCACACUCAGCACAAUGCCCAGCCAGAGCAGAGCCUUCCAAACUGUCUGACUUAGAGCGGUCUUGGCUUGCACUUUCCCAAAAGUCAGGAUCUUAGCCUAGUCACUGGAGCUCGCCCACCAGCCACGCAAGCCCCUCAGCCAGAUUCGAUCUCACUUAAGUAGCCGCAGAAAUGGCACGGACCAGUUCUGACCAGCACCCUCCUUAUGUAGGAUACCAAACAGACAGAAGGACGAAGGUGGACCUCUAAAGGCACCUCACUGUGCCUUCAGACAGAGUGGAGGAGGGGAGGGGCCCAAGCUUAUUUGGUGAAAAUAGGGGAAAGGUGAGGCUGCACACACCUGAAACAUCUUACCUAGGAAGUUGCAAGUCACCACAGUCAAGAAGAAGCGGGAAUCUCAUAGAUCAAUUUUCUAUUCAUUUCUGCAAAUUUAUUGGAUUAGUGUGAUUAUUCAGAUAGUCAAAACAGAAGCCCACGCCUUAUAAUAUACCUAUCUGCAACAUGUACCAGGAGAACUGCGUUUAAGAAAUUCACAUUAAAAAAAAAAAAAAAAAAAGGAGGAGGAAACACAUUUUUUUUCUACUUUGACUUGACUUCUUGUGUCGUGAGGUCUGAACGUUAAUUGGGGAGGAUUUGAAAUGGUGGGAGACAGAGAAAAAAAGGGAUUUUUCUCUUACCCCACCAGCAGUCAAUCUUCCUAUUUCCAUGGAACCCUAAAAUAACAAAUAAGGAGGGAGUCCAACCAAGAUGGGACACGGUUCUCUGAAGAGCUUUCCGUUUUGUUAUUCAGAGGAUCGUCAACAGAUAUCAAAACUAUUAUCCCGGGGCAGUUGCGGCUCAUUACUCCGAUUGACCGACUCCCCUAAAGACUUCUCUGCUGGAUGUUUCUAGAAGAAACAGAUGCUCACUACAUGUCACUUAAUGAAUGUCCUUAGGGACAGUCCUCUAGAGAAAGUCUCUCAGGGAUGUUGAAAGAUCCCCUUGCAUACCGCGUCCUACUCCUCUUUCUGUGAACAUGUGAAACCAGAAUUUCAAGACUGGUUGGAAUGAGAGGGAGAGUAGACCUUUCUCUCAGUAGGUCAAAGGACAUUUGACACUGGCCCGAAACUUGGCGAUUCUCCCAUUUCUUUCAUUUUAGAAGGAUGCGAAUGUGGGACUUUUGAUGAUUCUAGGCCUUAAAUUUCCAGCGGUCAUUUCCUAAAGGCACUGAGAACCCCAUACCCCUUCUCACUCCCCGCCGAGGGGCUGAACUGUAUCCUCAAGGUCUUCCUUCUCAGCGGUAGACGCGGACAACAGCGUUGCUGUGGGCUGUAAGGAAUGAACUACCAUUAGGGAGCCGGUGGUGAGCGAAACAAGUGGGUGGUGGGAGCGGGUUCAGCUAAUGUCUGUUAACAUGUUUGCUGUUGGCAUCUGGGAAAGAAUUAGCAGAAAGGAUUUACUACCAGCAAAAGUAUCGGUACACUCACACAUGGAGAAGAAAGGUGUCUGAGAAAUGUAAAAGAGGGGGAAAAAGCAGCCUCUCCAGGAUAAGUAACUUGCCUUUUAGAUGGUUUCGAUGAUCAGGGCACUUUAAGGCACAGCUGCUAAGCCUGAAUGAGCCCUUCAAGGCAAAGUCACUGGUCACGCGGGUGGAGCAGAGCGUUUCCUUGUGUUGACCAGGGCAAAGGCUAGGGCAAAGAGGAAGGAAGCCACUGUGGCUGUUGCAAUGAAGUAGACUCUGAAAAAGGACUCAGAUGCUGACAGGGAAAAGGUUGAUACUCACUACCGCCCCGUGUCUCUGGCUUCCGACUCCUACGUUUAAUUGAUAUAAGCGCAUCCUCACAGGAUGUACACACAUUUCCUUCUAAAGUGCCUAGGAAAUGAUGCUUGCGUUAAGUUGUCUGGGUUCCUUUGGGUGGGCUUUGUGCAUGCUAAAGUGACUGUCCUCACCUAAGUUCUGUCUUCCUUUUAAAGAGGUAGAAAUAAGAGACACUGAGGGAACAACACAGGUGCCUGUCCAUUUGAGAGAACCGGCAUAUUUGAAUGCUUCUUAUACUAACUCUUAUCUCAUUGUAAGAAUUUUUUUUUUAAGCCCCUUCCUCUGACUACAUGUUUAUUCUUCUUGGUGGAUGGUAUCCAAGCAAAUGUCUCUUCUGCUAUGUAAUUCUGAGCAUUCUCAUUCCUGGAGUCCCUGAGCCAAGCAAGCUUACGAUGAAGGCUGCAGCUGUGCUGUCAUGAGCGAACGAUUUUCUCACCGCUCCCUGCCUUGGAGUGUCCGGUUUCCUGUCUGUGCUUUGCAAGCAGGGAUCAGUCCCCGUGGUCCGAAAAGGAAAUUCCAGUUCUUUAAAUUUGUUAUUAGAAACUAAGACCAUUGAAUACCCGAAUUACUUUGGAAAUUCUUCUCAAUGGAAAACUACAAUAAAAUGCACCAAACAGAUUACACUAGGAGCUGAGAAAUUCUGAGAGAUAAGGGCCUGAAGUCUUAGUAAUGACAGAGCCUCAGAAUCAGCCAUUCAUGUUUAAAUAUGAGCCCGAAGACAGAGUGAGAGCCAUGACGGGCUCCAAACCUUACUCCAUUGACUUUGCCAACCAAGCCAGCUGAGUCUUUAAUGUGAAACAGAUAGAAAAGGGAAAAAAAUAACUGAUGGGUAAAAGCAAAAAAAAAAUUAAUAAUAAUAAAUGUUUGUAAGAAAAUGCAGAUGGGGGAAUGUGUAUGUUUAAAGAAUAACCGUUUCAAUAAAAUGUAUAAGCCAAACUUAAA